AUGAACAAAACGUAUUCAAAUUGUUUCUUUUUGGAUAUUAACUUGGAAAAAAGCAAAGAAACCAUAACUGCAAGUAUCCUCACUUGUAUUUUUAACGCGGUGUUUUCAUUAAUCACAUCUACAGGGAAUUUUAUCAUUCUUCGUGUCAUCUGGAAAACUCAGGAGCUUCAUUCGCCGUCCUUUAUGCUUUUGCUUUGUCUUUCUGCCUCCGAUCUCCUGGUCGGACUGAUUUGUCAGCCGUUUUAUGUGGCUUAUCAGAUCGCAGAGCUUUCAGAUAACUACGGGGCUUACUGCAUCCUGAGAAUGACUCAAAAUAUAUCUAGCUGGACAACGGCUGGUGUAUCUUUGCUGAUUUUGAGCUGUGUCUCCGUUGAUCGACUUCUUGCUUUGACUCUUCAUCUAAGAUACAGGACAAUUGUGACUGUUCACCGUGUGCUUUUUGUCGCGUGUUUUCUCUGGACAGGUUGUAUAACUGCGGUUUUGUUAAAGGUUUGGAUAAGAAAUUGGAUCAUCAUUCCUUUAGUGGUGUUACUGAUUUCAUUUCUGGUUACAGCUGCAAGCACGUUCCAGAUAGUACGAAUUGUUCGCAAGCACCAGCGACAGAUAAAACAGCAGCAACGAAACAUCCAAAUGAACACAGUGAAUGCACUCAAAUGUAGAAGAUCUGCCGUGACUGCACUCUAUAUAUAUGGCUUGUUUCUGUUUUUCUAUGUUCCAUUUUGCUCGACCUUGUUCGCAGAGGCACUAUUUGGGUACACCUUAAAGGUGAAGAUUGCCUAUGACUACACUACAACUGCUGUAUUUGUUAACUCCAGUUUGAAUCCGUUUCUUUACUGCUGGAGAAUUAAGGAGAUACGCCAUGCUGUUAAAACUGCUCUCAAGGGAAACUCGGGAAAAUAUCAGGGGGAAUUGCCGUCAAAGUAA